AUGGCGUCGAAACGCAAUGGCGAUUGCAACUGCAACAAGAGUUUCGCGGACAGUUACAUGUUGCUUAAACCUGAAGACGCUUAUUUCUUGGAUCUUCUUCAUGUGCUAUAUUCCGGUAACUUGGGAAACAGAAAAUUUGUGGACAGCAACGCCGCCGGAGCUUACGACGGAAGCUUCCGCCAUAGAUGGCUUAUAGUCGUCUCUAUCUUGCUCCAGAAGUUUCUCUUGCUCAUCGCAAAGCCACUUGCGUUAUUCGGCUCUAUGGUCGAGUUCCUCAUCAACCUCGUUUUCCUCAACGGUGGCUUCCUCAUGAUCAUCGUUAAGUUCCUCACAGGUCACUUGGUCGUCCCGGAUCGUAACGCCCCAAAUUAUUUGUCUUGUAUCGGAAAUUUGGAUGCGCGUGUAAAGUUGGAUGCUAUUAAGCGAGACGACUGCAGGUACUAUGUUUCAUUAGCUAUGAUGGCUUCAAAAGCAUCCUACGAGAAUGCAGCUUACCUUGAAGCUCUGGUAAAAGAUCAGUGGAAGAUGGAAUUCGUGGGAUUUUUUGACUGCUGGAAUGAUUUUCAAGGAAAGGCCACAACCCAAGUGUUGGUUCUUUUGGACAAGCAUGAGGAGCGCGAUACUUACGUGGUGGCUUUCCGAGGAACGGAACCCUUUGAUGCAGAUGCAUGGUGCACUGACCUUGACAUCUCAUGGUAUUCGAUUCCCGGCAUUGGACAAAUGCAUGGUGGGUUUAUGAAAGCCUUAGGGCUACAAAGAAACGUGGGUUGGCCUAAGGAGAUUCAAAGGGAUGAAAAUCUUCCCCCGUUGGCCUACUAUGUUAUCAGAGACAUUCUAAGGAAAGGUCUGAGUGAAAAUCCCAAUGCAAAGUUCAUUGUUACAGGUCAUAGUUUGGGAGGAGCACUCGCAAUUCUGUACCCUACGAUCAUGUUCUUGCACAAUGAGAAGUUACUGAUGGAGAGGUUGGAAGGGAUUUACACUUUUGGGCAACCUAGAGUUGGAGAUGAAGUAUACGCAGACUUCAUGAGACAAAAAUUGAGGGAGAAUUCUAUUAGUUAUUGCAGGUUUGUUUAUUGCAAUGAUAUAGUUCCGAGGUUGCCCUACGAUGAUAAGGAUUUGCUCUUCAAACACUUUGGGGUCUGCCUUUUCUUUAACAGGAGCUAUGAACUCAGGAUUCUGGAAGAAGAGCCAAAUAAGAACUAUUUCUCGCCAUGGUGCGUGAUACCAAUGAUACUCAAUGCUGUUUUUGAAGUAAUAAGGAGCUUCAACAUUGCCGCCAAAAAUGGACCUCUCUAUAAAGAAGGAUGGUUUCUCUUUGCAUUUAGGUUAUUUGGUUUAGUAAUCCCAGGCUUACCGGCACAUGGUACACAAGAUUAUAUUAAUUCCACUCUUCUCGGAACAAUUGAAAAACACUUCAAAACAGAUUGA